AGUCUCAUACAUUUAUUCGGCAUAAAAAAGUGUACAACAAGACUUUUGAAUAUUUCCAUAUUUUUACCUUGACGUCUUCGCGUUUGUAUCCAUACUACACAAGAGUAUAGUUAAAUUAACUUUUUGUGGCCGAACAAAGUCUAUGAGAGGGCAGUAAGGUGACCAGAAGACCGCCAUGGUGCUGAACCCCGUCAUCUCCAGGUUGGCAGGCAAGCUCGUCGUGUUGGCCAGCGCGUCUCCACGCCGAUUGGAGAUCCUGCGUAAUGCGGGCAUGCGAUUCGAGGUGGUCCCGUCCUGGUUCAAAGAAACGCUUGACAAGCGACUUUUCAAAGCGCCGCAAGAGUACGCCGUGGAGACGGCCAAGCAGAAGGCUCUAGAGGUGGCGAGGAGGAUGCCCUGCAACCACCGAAAGACACCCGACAUUGUGAUUGGAGCUGACACCAUUGUGAGUGUAGACGGCAUGAUUCUGGAGAAGCCUCGAGACAAGCAAGAUGCGUACAGGAUGCUCUCAAGUUUGAGCGGGAAGGAGCACAGCGUCUUCACAGGGGUCGCCGUCGUCCUCUGCCACGACAAAGAAAAUGAGGUUGAUUACCAGAUAGUGGACUUCUACGAAGAAACCAAAGUGAAGUUCGCCGACCUCUCCGAGGACUUGCUGUGGGAGUACAUCGACAGUGGCGAACCCAUGGACAAAGCGGGCGGCUAUGGCAUCCAGGCACUAGGCGGCAUGUUGGUGGAGUACGUACACGGAGACUUCCUCAACGUUGUGGGUUUCCCCCUCAACCACUUCUGCAAAAAGCUGGACGUCAUCUACAACCGCCCUCCCUCCUGCGACGCUGCCCCCUGUCCAGCUCCGAAUCAGCCUCCGCUAAGUUCAUCAAGCAGGCACGCAGCAUGGCCUGCAUGCAGUCAGUCUGGGGAAACACUACCAUCUACCACCAGCAGGGGGCAGUUGAUACAUGAUUUCCACUUCAUAGAAUGUGGGGACAGUGAAGAAGCCAGAGAGGACUUGCAGAGAAUCAUUCCACUGAUGGAUGGAUUCAAAGCCUCCAAGGCACUGUUUACUGCCUCCAAGAUGGGUGUGUUUGACCUUCUCCAACGCAGGCUGGCCCUUAACGCAGCUCAGGUGGCCCAAGAGCUGAAAUCCUCCGUAAAGGGAACGGAGCGUCUGUUAGAGGCGUGCAUCUCGCUAAAUCUGCUAAAGAUUUCAAAGUGUGAGGCGCACCCCGUGUAUGAAAACACGGACCUGGCCAAACGCUUUCUGCUGUCAGACGCCCCGUGGUCGCUGCUAGGCUACAUCGCGCACUGCAACGACACCGUCUGGCCACUCUUCAACCACCUGGACAGCGCCGUGCAGGAGGGCGCCAACCAACACCACAAGGCCUUCGGGAAGAAUCCUGGCAACCUGUUUCAGAAUACCGUCUACAGCGGCCAGGAAGUCAAAUUGAGGUUCAUGAAGGCUAUGGACAACAUCGCCAGAGUGACGGGAAGAGCGGUGGCGACAGCCUUUGACCUGUCCGCUUUUAAGACCGCCUGUGACCUCGGAGGCUGUACAGGUGCCAUGGCUGCUGAAAUCACCAGAGCUCACCCUGGGAUGUCUGUGACUGUGUUCGACUUACCCACUGUUAUCGAAAUGACUCAUCAUUUCCAUUCGCCGUGCGCUGAUGACAGGGUUACGUUCGUGUCAGGAGACUUCUUCAAAGAUGCUUUACCCAAAGCCGACUUGUACAUCCUUUCUAGAAUCCUCCACGACUGGUCCGAUGAGAAAGUGCACUUAUUGCUGGGCAGAAUCGCAGGGAUGUGUACGCCAGGUUGCGGGCUCCUGCUGAGCGAGAUCUUCCUGGACGAGGGUAGAACAGGGCCGAGUCGCGGGCUGCUCCAGGCCCUCAGCAUGAGCGAGGGCAGGCAGAGGAGCGCCGGCGAAUACGACCUGCUUUUGAAGAGCCACGCUUUCAUCGCCGCGGGUAUCAAACAGACGGGCAACCUGCUGGAUGCCAUGCUCUGCGUCAAAGUGUAACUUUACACCACCGCCGCGACGAAGGCCACGCAGUCCUCAUCGCUGAGACCAUGUUGGAUGAGCGGUCCCCUUACUCGGCCCUGCAGUCCCUCAACAUGCUGGUCCAGACCGAGGGCCUGGAGAGAACGCAGCGCCAGUAUGCAGACUUGCUGGGAAAACACGGCUUCGGGAGGGCACUCGGGUUUCACACCAUGAACUUCCUGGACGCUUUUAUUGCCUUUAAACUGUGACAAGAAUAAACUCACACGUGUAAAUUG